CCUUUGUGAUGGAAGAUCAGUGAAAUGCCAACAUUUAUGAAAAUUGAUAAGAUGAUAAAUUUUAUCAUCAUCAUCAUCAUCGAAAUUGACUGAGCUGCUACUCUGACGCCAUCAAGUAUCGUUUGUUACAGUCACGCCAUAUUCAUUCUACAGACUAUACUCUACCGUACUCUAGAGGAAAAGCAUCUAAAAAUGGGUAAACGACUACAAACAACAGUAGCUAUAAACUGCAUGAAGAUUCUUCUGAUGGUAUUCAACAUCAUAUUUUUUAUAACUGGUAUCGUAUUUUUGGUCGUUGGAAUAUGGAUGAAGAUUUCACUCAAUCAUUUUCUCGAGCUCUCUAAAGAUUAUAGUAGCGCUACAUCGUAUACAUUUAUAGCAACUGGUGCUGCAAUCAUUGUAGUGGGUAGUCUAGGAUGUUGGUGUACGGUAAAGGAACAACCUAUCCUACUCUAUUUGUUUUCUGCAUUCCUGACUUUGGUAUUUAUUCUACAAUUGGGAGCAGGAAUUUCUGGAUAUGCAUUCCGUAAUCAUUUGAAAGAUGGAUUUUACUCCGGAUUGAAUAAUACUAUUUAUAAUUAUGGCAAGGAACAAUCGCAGGGACACGAUUUGGAUAUGCUUCAGUCUUACCUUAAAUGCUGUGGUGUUCGGAGUUACAAAGAUUGGCAACAAGUUCCGUGGGCAAAGACAACUAAUUUGACUGUGCCAAAUAGUUGCUGUAAAGUAAAAAAUUGUCAUAAUGGACAUAACAUCAAAAUGAGUGACAUAUAUCAUAAAGGAUGCUAUGAGAAAAUUGUUGACUUUGUAAACAAAAAUAUAAAUAUCAUCUCCAGUGCUGCUGUUGGCCUUGCAGUUUUUCAGCUCCUGGGAGCAAUUUUGUCUUGCUGCCUUGCCAAGCAUAUCAAUAAAUCAAAAUAUGAACAAAUGGCAUAACUAAAAUAGUAACAAAGAUUCCAGUUUUGUUCUUCACAAAUUCCGUCAUAAAUGAUUACUCUGCCUUACUACUUGGCCUUUUAAUUUAUCAAUGUGGAAGUUACUACUAUAUUACGUAUACUAAUUGUAACAUUAUAUUGUUUUUUAUAUCUUUAAAUGUCAUAUACCUACAUAACGUAUAUAUAUAUAUACACACACACACAUAAAAGUUUGUUGUUCUUGUUAUAGCUGUUUAUUGAAACUUCAAAAUUCCUAUAUAAAGAGUAAAUUAUUGCUUAUAUUAAAAAACUACAAUAAAUAUUUUUGCCUUUUUUCAUUGUUGUCAAGUCAAAAAUUUUGAA